UACAUCAAAGGAGUCUCAUAGUAAUAGAAGGUAUACUAUUGCUUUUUCGUUCUCUUCUCUCUCCUUCGAUGUCUCUUUAUAUCUCCUCUUGAUCUCAUAAGAUUUAUAUGUUUUAUCCCCAUUGCAUUCUUGGCCUUUCGCAUUACUCGAUCCCCGUCCUUCUUUUUCUUUACCAUGAGAAAACCCGAGGGCAGCAAAGCUUCUGCCAUGGAGUCUGCAUUAUCAGGUUUUGUAAUUAAUCCUUCUAAAUAUAGCCAGUUGAGUUUAGAAGAGCGAAGGCAAUUAGUUCACGAAAUUGUUCAAUGGUCGGAAGAUGCGCCAAAGGUCCUAAGUUCAUUGACCAGGAGAGAACUGCUUGAACUAAUAUGUGCUGAAAUGGGUAAAGAGAGGAAGUACUCUGGCUUCACAAAAUUCAGAAUGAUUGAGCAUCUUUUAAAGCUGCUUUCUCGUAAGUCCACGAGAAGUACCAAUACACAACUUGAUUCCUCCCCCGUCCAGAGCGGGGGCGGAUUGAAACGACAGUGUAUAAGAGAAAACCUAUGCCUACCUAAUCAGUGUGAUGAGGAGAUGGAAGACAAAUCUGAGGUCCUAUGUCAGAAUUUAGCGUGUAGAGCUAUACUUAAUGCUGGAGAUGCUUUCUGUAGAAGAUGUUCCUGCUGCAUUUGUCAUCAGUACGAUGAUAACAAAGAUCCUAGUUUAUGGUUGAUCUGCUAUUCUGAUUAUCCCGAUGAACCUGGGUCAUGUGGGUUGUCAUGCCAUCUCAAAUGUUCUCUUUCACACGAAAGAUCCGGUAUAUUGCUGAAUGGUCCUUGUGUAAAAUUGGAUGGACAUUUCUACUGUGUUUCUUGUGGAAAAAUUAACGACUUGAUGAGGACUUUGAGGAAACAGCUGGUGGUAGCAAAGGAUGCGAGGAGAGUUGAUGUGUUGUGUCUAAGAAUCUCCCUUAGCCACAAGAUUCUGCAGUACACUGAGCGAUACAAGGGACUGCUACAAGUUGUUGAAUCUGCAGUUCGUGCACUUGAGAACGAAGUGGGGCUUCUUGACCUGGCAUCGGAGAAGAUGGAUCGCAGCAUUGUCAACAGGCUUUCUUGCGGUACUGCAGUGCAUAAGUUGUGUGCCUCUGCAGUUGAAGCUUUCGAUUCCUUGUUUCUCGAUCAGUGCUUUCAUGCUACAAAGCAGGAGCCACCAAAUUGCAACCCUUACGAAGAACUUGGGGAGAGAGGAAAUCCUGCUGUGGAUGUCGCCUAUCUACGUGCAGAGUCUAUGAAUUCUAGUGACAACAAAGUAGCGCGAACUGAAAACCCAUCAAAGCUGGGCUCCUCCCUGAACGACAACGAAAGCAAGAGUCAUGGAAGAUCUCAAGUGAAGCGUGUUCCAGCCAUGAGCCCCAUUUCGAGUGGCCCUGCCACUCCUUGCAAAGCUGGUGGGGCUAAGGAAGUGCCGCUUGUGGGCUGCAAGAGGCAAGCGAAAGAGAACAAGUAUGAGUACUCGGUGGGAGUGAUCAGAAGAUUGGAGCACGAAGGCCACAUAAAAACGGAGUUCAGAGUGAAGUUCCUCACUUGGUUCAGUCUGAAGGCCACAACACAAGAGAGGAGGGUUGUGAGUAUCUUUAUAGAAACCUUCAUUGAUGACCCUUCAGGCUUGGCUGGGCAGCUAAUGCAUACCUUCAUGGAUAAGGUGUGUGGUGAACAGAAAGUGGUUUCACAUCAUGGGCUCUGCACCAGAUUCUGGCAUUGAACCAACUACUCUCUAGCUGUUACGAGGAAAAGU